CCUCUCUCGCGCCGCCGCCACUCCUUCCUCUUCUCCCAGAUUUUUUAGCUUUCUCUGUGAGCAACCGACCAAGAAAACCCCACCACCGUACACCUCCUCCUCAACCUCACCUGCCGCCGCAGCUACUAGUCGCCCCUCGUCGAGCCGAGAGCAUAAACGGAUGCGCGUCGUCGUCCUCUUCCUCCUGGCGAAAGGAAUCGAGCCGGGAGAGCUCCAAUCAACGGCGAAUUCGCCGAUUCCAUCUCCGACCUGCUGCACUCCGGCGAGGAUUCCGGCCACCUCCUUCCUUCCCCGCCAUCUCCGGCCACACGUACAUGUUCAGGAUGCCCACCGUCGGCGCUGCUACGCUGCCUCCCCGGCUUCAACUCCGCCAGAUCUCGCAUCCCCUUGAAGUUCCGCGUCGAACGCGCCCUCUGCUGCAUCUCGGUUCGGCCACAAUCGUGAGAUUCGUGUUCGACCAGAGCUCUCUGCCAUGGACGUUUUCUCCAAGGUCUGCUGGUUGCUUUGGCUCAAAACGUUGCACCUCAUCAACUUGUCACGAUCAGAAGUGCAGCAUACUGAUCUGGCGCCUCCUGGGCCUUGGCCCAUUCCGCUCCCGGUGUAGACGUCGCUCGCGUGCAGCAUCCUGCUAUCCGUCGCUGUUAAGGCCAGCAUUUGCUUCUUCCCGGAUAGGAUCACGAGGUGAUGAUGUGAGAUACGACGAGUUCUCCGACAAGUUCUUCUGCAACCUUUCACAGGCGAGCCCACCCCUUCACCUAUUUUACUUUUACAUGCUCUUUUGAUCUAUUGCUAUCCUUAUGUUGCGAUUCUGUUGUGUCACGUGUCCUAUCCACCUGUUACCUAUAUGUCCGAGAUACACAUCCUCGCCCUACUUAUUGUUUGUUGUUUGCCAGCUUUGCGAGUCGUAGGCGAGUUUAGGGUCUUGUUGAUAUCUCGAGAUGUUCGGGAUAUCUUGUUGGGAGGUUAUCACAUGCUAUAUCAGUUGUUGGAGAUACUCAUGCUUUACUUCAUUAUUAACAACUAAAAUUGUAAGCAGAGGCAUCUGUAAGCCCCUUUGCGAAAGCAUCGAAACUUUGACUUGCUAAUGUCCCCUAGGACCCGAGUUCUUGUUAUCUGUUCCGAGAUUGAGCGCUCUACCCGUACGUGGGGGAAUGGGACCCCCAUCACCCACUACCUUUCCUCGAGUCUGUUUAAUUGGGAGCCACAACCUUGGUUUUAUUUGCCCAUAUGCACGAUGCACGAUUUACUUCCUGUUGCCUUCGGGUGUUUAUUUCUGUAUUGUACUCAUAUUGCGUGCCGACUUAUCCUUGGCCGGUCGUUAGUGCCCGCCUUGGACGCCAUCGCAACCUCUGGGUCCAUAUCGGAGUACGGCCGAACUUCGUCACGGGUAGCUUAGUUGGGUGGCUCCCAUUAAACUUUCUCUUGCAUUGGGAACGGUCUUGAUGUGAGACUCCACCUGUAGUAAGUGGGUUCGAGCAUGCGUAUGGUUACAUUUGGGCAACCCCUGCAGGGUGUACAUCUUAUCGAUAAGCCGUGUCCGCGGUUAUGGACGACUUGGAAUUGUAUGGCUUGAUCAUAGAACAACUGACACCUUAUACUUGUUGUUAAUAAUCUGAUAAUAACUUGUCUAGUAAUAUAGCAUUACCACAACCGAUACCUAAUAAAAUUUGUCCACCGUUCAGUGCCUUUUACAUUGCCUCUUCGCUUUGUUGAAGGGGAUAUGUGUAAUCGGCUGGGUUAUGUUUGUGUAGUAUUUAUCUGUUACCUUGUGCGCUCUCUUAUCUUCUCUGAGUAGACGGAUGUUGUAGCGUGUCUCUAUUGGAUAGUAGCUUUGCUGCCGCUAAACCCCACAUAUAGCCGGGUGAAGUUUAUACCGCCCACCAGCGAGCAUAGCUGGUCUUGUCUCGCAAGUACGUGCCAAUGGUACUUACCCUCGCCUUCCUUUCUUUUUGUCUCCUCCCCCUUUUGUCGGCAACCGAUGGCCCGACUUUGACGGUACGAGAUGACGACGUUAGCAAGGUUACCCUUCCGGCUUGGCCUGGGCAGGGUUAUGGACGCCAUUGGUUAUCUUCAGGACUCUUAGUCCAAUUUGUAUCUUGUCCGUACUCGGACGUAUUUGAUCUUCUGUAUGAUUUGGAUCUUUGUAUUGUAUAUUUGUAUCUUGACUCGUUGGAGUCGUUGUUGUAUAUAUGUAUCUUGUGGGCUCUAUUGUAA